ACACAUCCACACGUCCCAAUCCAAACUCAAUCGCCUACUCCUCCACACCUCCCUCCUCCCUCGCCUCACCCUAGGGUUCGCACGCUCGUCCACCCGUGCCGCCGCCAUGAUGCCGCAGCCGCAGCCCGGCGUGGCCCCCCCUCCUCAGCCCGCUCCCGGCGCGCCUCCGCACUGGGGCGCCAUCCCGCCGCCCAUGCCCCAACCGCCGCAGCAGCAGUACGCGCCGCCUCCGCAGCAGCAGUACGCCCCGCCGCCCCAGCAGCACCAGGUGCCGCCCCCGCCGCAGAUGUGGGGCCAGGCGCCUCCGCCGCCCCAGGCCGCGUACGGCCAGGCGCCUCCGCCCCAGGCCGCGUACUACGGGGCGCCGGUUCCUGCGGCGGUGUCCGCGCCCCCCACCGGGCCCAACGAGGUUAGGACUCUCUGGAUCGGGGAUCUGCAGUACUGGAUGGACGAGAACUACAUCUACGGGUGCUUCGCAUCCUCGGGGGAGGUACUAUCUGUGAAGCUAAUUCGUGACAAGCAGACUGCACAACUUCAGGGCUAUGGUUUUAUUGAAUUUGUAAGCCGUGCUGCUGCCGAAAGAGUUCUUCAGACAUACAAUGGGACAAUGAUGCCAAAUGUUGAGUUGCCAUUCCGAUUGAAUUGGGCCUCUGCUGGUGAAAAACGUGAUGACUCCCCUGAUUAUACAAUCUUUGUUGGUGACUUGGCUGCUGAUGUUACAGACUACAUAUUACAAGAGACAUUCAGGGUACAUUACCCUUCUGUGAAGGGUGCAAAAGUUGUUACAGACAAACUGACAAUGCGCUCAAAGGGUUAUGGCUUUGUGAAAUUUGGUGAUCCUAAUGAGCAAGCUCGCGCAAUGACUGAAAUGAAUGGGAUGCUCUGUUCUUCAAGACCUAUGCGUAUUGGUCCAGCUGCAAAUAAGAAAACUACUGGAGUUCAAGAGAAAGUACCAAGUGCUCAGGGAGUUCAGUCUGACAAUGAUCCUAACAAUACCACCAUUUUUGUUGGUGGCCUUGACCCCAAUGUCACUGAAGAUAUCUUGAGACAAGUUUUCAUGCCUUAUGGGGAAGUGGUCCAUGUCAAGAUCCCUGUUGGCAAAAGAUGUGGUUUUGUUCAAUAUGCUACCAGAUCUUCUGCUGAGGAGGCAUUGGUAAUUCUGCAAGGUACCUUGAUUGGAGGGCAGAAUGUGAGGCUUUCAUGGGGGCGCAGCCCGUCAAACAAACAAACUCAGCCUCAACAGGAUUCCAAUCAGUGGGCCGGGGCUAAUCCUGGUUAUUAUGGCUACGGGCAAGGCUAUGAGGCCUAUGGGUAUGCUCAACCUCAAUCUCAGGACCCUAAUAUAUAUGGUUAUGGAGCUUACACUGGCUAUCCAAAUUACCAACAGCAACCAGUAGCUCAGCAUCCACAGCAGCAGCAGUGAGAUCCAGUGUCUCGGCCGCAUCAUUUGGGCGCGAUGACGUGAGUAGAUGAAUGAGUUGCUGUAAGAUAGAGCUUCCGAUGCAUGCCUGGGUUAUGGUUAUACAGACAUGGUUUGUAGUACUCCAGAUUUUGUCAUGGUGCGUUGUGAUUCUAUCAUUAUUUAUCUGAGUAACUGUAGCAAUAACAAUGUACUGUGUCGCCUCUUGUUUACUGCUGUUAACUUAUCGUUGCUUGCUGUUUAUGUUA